AUGAACAAGAUCCUGGCUCUGGGUUUGCCAGCCCUGCUCUGCUUGGCAACGGCUGCAGCUCUCCAGUGCAACGGCUGUUUCAUGAUGCUACAGGAUGGCAGCUGUAUGCUAGGCAAACACACCUGCACAGCCGCGCGGGGGGAAUCCUGCUUUACCCGUAAAAUCACUAUAGCGGGCUUUAUCAAUCGUGUGGAGCGGGGCUGCACAUCCAUCUGCGAGGAUACAGAGAUCCCUGAAGACUACUACAAGGACACCACCCAGUGCUGCACAGAUGGGGACUUCUGCAACAUCCACAACCCCUUCCCCAAAUUCUCCGAUUAUGCCUAAGGGGAGACUGGUGUUCAGGGCUGGCAGGCACGCCAUGUUCUCCCUUCACCCCACCCCUGGCUCUGGGUUAAUCUCUCACGCCCCUCGCCUCAUGUAAAAUCCAGCAGGACCCAAGACCAUCCCCUGGUGUCAUCCUCAAUCACACGCUCCUGUCAGCUACAAAUGAUAUUUAAAUUAGGAAAUGAACUCUAACCUCUGGCCCUGCCCCACUCCCCCUGGCCACGCCCUGCUUCCCCUUAGCCCCUCCCCUUGCCUGGCUGCCCUCCUCCCAUCUUGCUGUCCCAGGCCCAGCACCCAAACUGGUGCUUUGCUGCUUUUCCGUAGUUGAAGGUGCCCAUAUCCCCCACAACUGUCAUUUCAGAGUUGCCGCUGCCCCGUGAGAAUAUUAAGGGCCCCCCCACCCUUCCCCAGACAUCGCUCUGUGCAGGGCAGGCAGUUUGCCAGCUUGGGAGGCUACAGUGCAGAGGGGACACCUUGCAUGCCAACCAGUGGGACCCACUCAAUUCUCCCUCCAUGUUUCCCUGUACACUGGGCCCCAGUGACACCCUGAGCCUGGUGUCUGCUCAGUGCAGACACCUGAGACAGAACAAACACAGCACAACCCACAGCUUUCAGCUCCAGACGGGCUGUAAGAGGGUCGAUACCAGGUUCUUCCCCCGGCAACUAGCUGGCAGAGCCAUGCCUGGGACAGGAACCCAGACAGCAGGGCACUCAGGGAUUUCCUCCUCUGCAGCGUGCCCAGCUCCCUGCCUGGCUGGUCCCCCGGAGCUCCCCCUGCCCUCGGAAAUGAGUCCUGCCCGUCUCCCUGCCGUGAUCCAAACCCCACUGUGCCUGGGGCAGUCCCUGAUCUCUGAGUGAUCCUGGAAUGGGUCACUCUGUUCAGAUCCCACCAUUCCAUUCAGCCCUCACACACUCUGAACCGCUGCCUCCCUGCCGUGCCCAGGGUGGGAUCCUGGCUUGCUGUAUUUGCAGCUGAGAUUCUGCUGAUGAAACGCCUGCGCUUAUCUCCCUCUUUGUCAUAUUCUGCUCAUUUCUUUCCUUGCGCAAUAAACCCUCUGAUUGUCA